CUGAAAAACGGCUCCGUCAUCAGAGAGAGAGAGAGACUACUCCUUUCAAAUUCUCUUCAGUUUCAAUUUCUUCGUCUCCCUCCCACACCCCUCUACACAUACGCAUUGUGGGAUUCAUACAUACAUACAUACUCCCUUUCUUCUUCUAUGCCACUGGCGUUUUUGUUUUUGUUUUUGUAGCAUGGCGGGUCAACACUCCUCUUCCAAACCCUCUGUGUCCUCUCCUUCAUCAUCAUCUUCCUCGCGUCUUUUCUUGCUCGUGACUCUCCUUCCUCUCUCUCUCGCCUGUUUUGCCUUCGUUCUCCAAUGGCGCGGCGGACUCGACGACCCGGUUACCCUUUGGUCUACGGAUCAUCACGAGUUCCCCGGAAUGGUUUCAACCCAACAAGAGAAACGCUCUUCCCGUCGUUCGGUUUCUGAUUCGGGUUGUGUUGAUCUUUUAGGUCAGAGCCGUUCCCCUUCGUUUCCUUAUUUCCGCGAUUGGGAUUUUGCUUACCAAUCGGAUCUCAAACCUAGGAUAUGUAUUACAACAAGCACUUCGGCUGGAUUAGAGCAAACACUGCCAUGGAUUUUCUUUCACAAAGUUAUUGGAGUUUCAACCUUUUAUUUAUUUGUUGAGGGGAAGGCUGCAUCACCAAACGUGUCUCGAGUUUUGGAGUCUAUUCCUGGUGUAAAAGUUAUAUACAGGACAAAAGAAUUAGAAGAACAGCAGGCCAAAAGCCGGAUAUGGAAUGAGACUUGGCUGGCGAGCUUCUUCUACAAACCGUGUAACUAUGAAUUAUUUGUGAAACAGUCCUUGAACAUGGAAAUGGCAAUCAAAAUGGCUCAGGACACUAGUAUGGACUGGAUAAUACAUCUUGACACCGACGAGCUUAUACAUCCUUCUGGAAACCAUGAAUAUUCUUUGCGGAAUUUGCUGGCAAAUGUAUCUGCAAACGUGGAUAUAGCUAUCUUUCCUAAUUAUGAGAGCAGUGUUGAGCGAGAUGAUAUCAAGGUACCUUUCAGUGAGGUAUCAAUGUUCAAGAAGAAUUAUGACCAUCUUCCGAGAGAUGUUUACUUUGGAAGCUAUAAAGAGGCCACUCGUGGAAACCCAAACUACUUUCUAACCUAUGGAAAUGGGAAAGCUGCUGCCCGUGUUCAGAACCAUCUUCGUCCCAAUGGUGCUCAUCGAUGGCACAACUACAGAAAGAGUCCAAAUGAGGUCAAAGUAGAAGAAGCUGCCGUGCUGCACUACACUUAUCCCAGAUUUUCAGAUCUUACCUCAAGACGUGAUCGUUGUGGCUGUAAGCCCACUAAAGUGGAUGUCAAGAGAUGUUUCAUGCUGGAGUUUGACAGAGCUGCAUUUAUUAUUGCUUCAACCGCGAGUACAGAGGAAAUGCUUCAGUGGUACAAAGAGCAUGUUGUGUGGACAGAUGAAAAAUUGAAGUUGAAACUCCUUAGGAAGGGAAUUCUGACCCGCAUUUAUGCUCCCAUGGUUAUAAUCCAAGAGCUAAGGGAAGCGGGUGUUUUCAGCUCCGUGGUAACCGCAGCUCACAUGUCUUUCUCGAAAAACUCUUCAACUGCUGAUUCGACUUUAAGCAAUACCCGAGAAUCUUCUCAGGCAACUGGUAGGAGGAAGGUGUUGGAAUUUCAUCUUGAUCUUGACGGUAAAUCUCAAGUAUCAGCGGUACCACCACUGUCGCCUCCAGGCUUGGAAGCAACCAAGAUGGAACCUUCUGAAAAGUGACUACAAAGAGUGGGAUUUAUUCGAAUGACAUACGAACAGGUUUUGAACCUGAGCUCUGGUGUACAUUUAGGAAAGGUUUUCGUUUAGGUUAUACACACAGAUGAUUCCACAGAUGAAGAGGGAAUAUCAUAUAGCAGGCUUCUAUCAUAUGUACCAUGCAAAAUACUUGAUCAUGUUGAUGAGUCAAUAACUUCAAAUACAACAAAUUCAUUGCCUUCCUCAUCUGACUACUGGUUUUCUUUUGUGCUCUUUUAACUUCAUCGUAUCUCUAACCUCCCUUAUUCAGGUUUAUAGUUUUCUUAAAAUGUGAAGUUUAGUUUCUGAACAUCUUGCUUCUUAUAUUUUUAUUCUAAAGUUGAGGCAAUGACAGAUUCAAGAAUGAGGAGAUCAAGUUUUGAUCUCUAAUACAGA